CAUUGAUAAAUAUGCUCUAUGUUCCAAAUCUCCCCCUGCUCCAAAUACUUCGUACUAUCAGAAUGAAUGCAGGGAGCUCUUUUUUCUUUUUUGUCAUCCGUUGAUAGACCAAUAAAUACAAGAUUCCUCAUUGACACUCGUUCCAUUAUCGAUUUUCCCUUUCGUCUACAAAGUGGAGCACACAUCGGUCUAUAUUUACGUUAUCAUUUUUGUUGUUAUUGUCUAGUGGGAAAACUUAAAUGCUACUUUGGUGCACUGCUAGAUCAACGUUCGUUCAUUUUUAGUAGAAGAAAACCUUACUGUUGCUGCAAGGGCAACAGAGUCUCAAAAUGAAGCAGUCACUGUGACAGGAGAACUGUCAAGUGCUAAACUGACAGAUAGCAAAACCGGAACUAGUAAGGGUAGAAUGUAGACAGAGGUGAACGAUAGCAGGUUGCCACGAGUGGUUGGAUUAUUUUGUAAAAGUUAGUUGAAGUUGAAGUUUAGUUGAAGUUUAAGUUGGGAUCUUGUGAAGAUCAGCAGUAGAUAAAUAGCGGUACAAGCAGUCGUGAAAGUGAUUUGAUUUCCAAUUGGUAGGCUUGGUUGCUUAUAAUUUCCUCAUAUAGACCUUUAUAACCUAACUUUUCUAACCUCCAUGUAUAGGAAACGAGAAAGUUUGAAAACGUUUUCCAUCAACUAUAAAGUCGCUACGUCGUAACACUUUGUUACAUGGCCUGUAGAUAGGCCUUUCCUUCAUCACCAGAAAAGCCAGAUAGAGCAUAGCGCAUCUAUCGAACCUAAGCUGUAAGAUUGUUGGUAUCGAACAUAAGCCGCAGAAGGCCACUGAAAUAGUGAGUUUGAGAACUUUGAGAAAUAAUGUUCAGAAAUAUUCAUUAUUAUUAUUAUAUUUUAGUUUUGGAGCACAUCAAUAAAGCUGUCAAAAAUUCAGUUGUGUCUUUGGAAAAGUUUGUACCAACAUUCUCCAAAAUAUUUCAACAAUGCCCAGUAGCAGUGAAGACGACUUUAAUACUACGGAUUUAGAAAAUUCCUUCAACUGCCGAGAAUGCGACCGACCUGAUUCCGCAGAUAACAUAGUUGCCUGCGAUAAAUGUUCCGAGUGGCUGCAUUAUUCAUGUGCUGGUGUAGGUCCGGAAGUGAAAGAUCAACCCUGGGUGUGCAAAAAGUGUUCUGAUCCCCCGCCAGAUGCUGCAUCGGUACACACGUCAGCGUCUGCCAGGAAGGCUAAGCUCGAACUAGAUCUCAAACGCCUAGAAGAAGAAAAACAACUAGAACAUCAGUACAUAGAUAAACGAUACAAGAAGCUGGAAGAGUCAUUGCAGGAGAAUGACGAUGAACGUCGCAGUGUAAAAUCUCGCCGGAGCGUUCUGCCGAUUGAAAAACAGAAGCGAACCGCUGAAUGGGUAAAAGUUCAAUCAGUCCCAGAAUUAGAAGGAGCAGUAGGAACAGGAAAACUCAAUUCACCUCCACAGCAAAACCACCCGAGAGAAGAGGCCGGUGGCAGAAGGUUGUCAUCAGACGCACUUAAGAACCUUCAGCAGCAAUUACAAGAUUGUCAAGGCGCCUCGCAUCCUAGUUUGGCCCAGAUGCAUGCGCUUCAAGAGACGUUAAAAAUGUGUCAACUCGAAUUGAACCAAACGGAGGUUAUCGUGCCGAUUGGAGAACCUUGUCCACAGGAGUUCAAUGUUGCACCUAAGUCGGCUCAUCACUUGAAAACGUUAUCCAAAGGAGCAAUUCCGAAACAAAGCAAACCACGUAAUAAGUCAGCUUCCCUCCCGCUGGCUACAAUUCCAGAAGUUACGAUGCAAUCAACCGCACAGGAAACCAAUUCCGGAGUGCGAAGGAAACCAAAUAAAAAUGUAGCAGUUAACUCGGAUGCAUUAGUAGGUAACGUACUUCUACAGCCGGAUGACAUUCUUGGCAGAAAGCUCACACAGCAGCAGUUGGCGGCCAGGCAGACGCUUGCCAGGGAGUUGCCGACAUUUUUUGGAAGCCCUGCAGAUUGGCCCGUUUUCAUAAGCCAUUAUACAUACACUUCGGAAGCGUGCGGAUUUAGCAACGGAGAGAACAUGAUCCGGUUGCAGCGAUGCCUCAAAGGAGCAGCUUGGGAAGCGGUUCGAAGUAGGCUGAUUCUACCAGCAUCAGUUCCCCAUGUAAUAGAAGCACUCAGGAUGCGUUUUGGCAGACCAGAGCUUCUGAUUGAGUCGUUAAUAGAAAGUGUUAAAACCACUAUAUCACCAAAAGCUGACAAAUUAGACACUCUUAUCGAAUUUGGCACCAAAGUGCAAGCACUUUGUGACCAUAUAGAGGCAGCCGAUCUGGGUGAACAUUUGUCCAACCCAACCCUUCUUAAAGAUUUAGUUGUGAAACUUCCGGCUGAAUACAAAAUGAGAUGGGCAAGCUACCGACGAAAUUGUCAGAUGAUCAAUCUUAGAACCUUCGGUACGUUUAUGGACGAAAUAGUAGCCGAUGCAUACAGCGUAACAUCAUUUGCGAUGGAACGUCCCACGCGCUCGAAACAGGAUAGAAGUCUUAUUCAUUCGGAGCCCGUCGAUGGUGGUUUAGGUAUCGAUGGACGAAAAGCAGCUGAUGAAAUUUGUAACGUGACGAAUAGAACUGUGUGUGCCGUAUGCCAAGGUGAGGGACAUCGAUCACGGGACUGUUCAACCUUCCGAUCAUUAACGGUUGAUGACAGGUGGAAGUGCAUACAAAAACUGGACCUCUGCAAAACAUGUUUGUAUGACCAUGGCCGCCGCACAUGCCGAAAUACGAACAGGUGUGGUACAAACGGAUGUGAGCAGCGUCACCAUCCUCUUCUCCAUAAUGUAUUAAAACCUAGUUCGCCUUCUCACACUGAAAAUUCUGUGAUUCAUAAUAUACAUCAAGCGCCUUCCUGUUCUCUGUUGUUCCGCAUAAUUCCGGUGAAGCUAUACAAAGAGGAAAGGUCUAUCGAUACCUACGCUUUCGUAGACGAAGGUUCUUCACUGACGAUGUUGGACACUGAGUUAGCAACUAAGUUAGGAUUGAGCGGACAUGCCCGACCACUUUGUUUAAAAUGGACAGGUAAUUUUACUAGAACUGAAGCCGAUUCUCAACGUGUGUCUUUUGAGAUAUCGGGGAAAAACAGUACCAAACGUUACCCAUUAAGAAAUGUUGGAACGAUUCAUGCAUUGGAUUUGCCGGAACAAUCGUUACCGAUCGAUAUGUUGAAACAACGCUUCAAGCACUUACGAAAUUUACCAAUCGAGGGUUACAUCAACGCUAAGCCCCAGCUUCUGAUUGGCGUCGAUAACCUUAGAGUCGUUGUUCCAUUGGUAGCAAGAGAAGGGAGCACAGGUUGCCCCACGGCAGUUCGAACACGUCUUGGCUGGUGCGUAUAUGGAGGUGGAAGUAACGCAACGUUAGCAACCAGUUUUCACAUUUGUGAUUGUCAGCACGAUCAAAAUUUGAACGAAACUUUGAAGGAGUAUUUUUCCGCCGAUGAAACGGGAACAAAGGCAGUUUGUCUUGAAUCAAGUGAAGAAGAUAAGCGAGCGAUGGAACAGUUACAAAAAGCCACUGUGUUUAUAGGAGACCGAUUUGAAUCCACAUUGCUAUGGAAAUAUGAUCACAUAGACCUACCAGAUAGUUACCCUAUGGCACUAGCCAGAUUAAAGUGCCUGGAAAGGAAGUUGUCGAAGGAUCCGUUACUGCAAGAAAACGUCAAGCGGCAAAUUAAAGAGUACCAGGAGAAGGGCUACUGUCAUCGAGCUACGAAUGAGGAGCUAGAAGCAGCUGACCCGAGGCGUUCAUGGUACCUUCCUCUAGGUACAGUGUCCAACCCCAAGAAACCAGGCAAGGUGCGCCUGGUCUGGGACGCUGCCGCAACUGUAGACGGGGUUUCAUUAAAUUCGGUUUUACUAAAAGGACCUGACCAGUUAACGGCUCUUCCGGUGGUACUUUUCCGAUUCCGCCAGUUCCCGGUAGCGGUAUGUGCGGACAUAAAGGAAAUGUACCAUCAAAUACGUAUACGCAAAGAAGACCGGAAUUCUCAAAGAUUUUUGUGGCGCAGUGAUCCCGAAAAAAAGCCCGAAAUAUUUUUUAUGGAUGUGGCAACCUUCGGGUCAAGCUGUUCUCCGGCGACAGCGCAAUUCGUGAAGAAUAGUAACGCAAAACGGUUCACUGAGAAGUAUCCGGCUGCAGUCGAGAAUAUCCUCAACGCCCACUACGUAGACGAUUAUGUCAUCAGCUUUAAAACUCCUCAAGAAGCCAAACUGGUGUCGGAACAGGUGAGAACUAUACAUAAGAGUGGCGGGUUCGAGCUCCGGAAUUUCUGCUCCAAUAACACUGAAGUGCUUCAACACCUCGGAGAACAGCAACUGGAAAAUGUAAAGGAGUUUAAUUCAAAAACAAAACUGGCUCCUGAGAACGUUCUGGGGAUACAAUGGGAAACGGUAUCAGAUGAGUUAAGGUUCUCAACGAAAAUGCGUGAGGAUAUCGAACAAGUGAUAAAAACCGGACGAAGACCGACUAAAAGAGAAAUUUUACGAUGUGUUAUGUCCAUGUUCGAUCCUCUGGGACUUCUUGCACCAUACUUAAUUUUCGGAAAAAUUCUCAUCCAAGAAGUUUGGCGGAAGGGUCAUGGAUGGGAUGAUCCGAUUGAUGAUGAAACUUUUGAGCUGUGGCGCAGGUGGAUUGAGAUGAUCCAGCAUAUUCACGAUGUCAGAAUACCAAGAUGCUAUUUUUCGAGAGCCGUUGAUGAAGUCGAAAUUCACACGUUUGUUGAUGCCAGCGAAGCUGCUUAUUCAUGUGUCAGCUAUGUCCGAUGCAUGGAUCCGUUAGGCGCAGUGGAAGUUGCGUUGGUUGGAGCCAAAACAAAAGUAGCCCCUCUGAAGCCAUGGUCCAUACCCCGACUUGAGCUUCAAGGAUGUGUGUUAGGUUCCAGAUUUACUCGAUUCCUCGAAGAAGGUCAUUCACUACGCUUCACAAAACGAGUCAUGUGGUCCGACUCUAGUACGGCCCUAAGCUGGAUAAACUCAGAUCCUCGUAAACUUCAUCGAUUCGUUGCUUUCCGUAUAACCGAAAUAUUAGAGUUGACAACACGUAGCGAGUGGAGAUGGGUCCCGACCAAACAAAAUCCAGCUGAUGAAGCAACCAAGUGGGGCGUUGGACCUCACUUUAAUGAUAAAAGCAUCUGGUACAGUGGACCAGAUUUCCUUUCGUAUUCCGAAGAUCAAUGGCCUGCCAGGAAAACGGCAUCGCCCGCGACCGAAGAGCUUCGUCCUUGUUACGCACAUACUGAAAUUUUCCUCCCAGAACCGCAACUAGAACCCGAAAGGUUUUCGAACUGGAACCGUCUUCUCAGGACCACAGCAUACUUACAUCGUCUCUUGUCUAAGAAAAUUCACCCAAAUGAAAACCGCCCUUUAGAAAUUCUCAAGCAAAACGAAUUGCAGUCGGCGGAAAGAACGUUGUUCAAACAAGCACAGUGGCAAAUUUAUCCAGAUGAAAUGAUUAUCCUGUCCAAGUGUAAUCUAGACGGAAAAAACCAGCAAUUAGUCGAUCGUUCCAGUAGCAUCUAUCAUCUGUUUCCGGUUCUAGAUGAACACGGAGUUCUAAGGGUGGAUGGAAGAAUCCGAAAUGCUCCUAAAGUCGAACUGGAUUGUAAGUAUCCUAUUAUCCUUCCAAAAAACCAUCAUGUGACCUAUCUACUCGUCGAUGACUACCAUAAAAGAUUUCAUCACGGGAAUAACGAAACCAUUGUAAAUGAGAUCAGACAACGUUUUCACAUUCCUUCUAUCCGUGGGUUCGUCAAGGAUGUGGUAAAGAAAUGUCAGUACUGUAAAGUGAGCAAGGCACGCCCUGUAGUUCCGAGAAUGGGACCUCUUCCGUUGGCUCGAUUGUCUGCCGGUGUUCGACCAUUCGCUUACGUUGGUGUGGACUAUUUUGGGCCCUUGCAAGUAAAGGUAGGAAGAGCAACCGUCAAAAGAUGGGUGGCACUGUUCACCUGUCUAACUAUCAGGGCCGUACAUCUCGAGGUGAUCUACAGCUUAACUACCGAAGCCUGCAUCAUGGGAAUUCGUCGAUUCAUUGGUCGUCGGGGUUCCCCUGUUGAAUUCCAUAGUGACAAUGGUACAAACUUUCAAGGCGCUGAAAGAUUGUUGCGCGAGCAAAUCAACAUGGGACUCGAGUUUACGUUCACCAAUACGAACACCAAAUGGUUAUUCAUUCCUCCUGGAGCCCCCCAUAUGGGCGGUUCCUGGGAGAGAAUGGUCAGGUCCAUCAAGGUGGCAAUAUCAGAUGCAUACAACGAAAAUUUGGAUGACGAACGUCUUCUUACAUUGCUUAUUGAAGCCGAAUCAAUAGUCAACUGUCGGCCGCUGACCUAUCUGCCCUUGGAUUCAGCUGAGCAGGAAGCCCUUACGCCGAACCACCUAUUGUUAGGCAACUCAACAGGCGUUCAUCAACCGGAACAGCAUGCAGUGUGUAACCGUAAGCUGUUAAGUCGAUCCUGGGAUACACUUCAAAAACAGAUUGGUUCAUUUUGGAAGAGGUGGACCUUAGAAUAUCUUCCGACUCUAACAAAAAGAACGAAGUGGUUCGGAGAGACGAAAAACAUCGAAAAAGGAGAACUAGUUAUCAUUGUAGAAGGUUCACGACGUAACAAUUGGGCCAGAGGUCGAGUUCUAGAAGUGGUUUCCUCACCAGACGGACGAGUUCGGCAGGCGAUAGUGCAGCUAGCGUCAGGUACUAUAUGUCGUCGCCCAGUAUCCCGAUUGGCAGUACUAGAAGUUCAGGACGGAAGUGGAACCGGAUUCGGAUUCCACCGGGGGGAGGAUGUUGCUGCAAGGGCAACAGAGUCUCAAAAUGAAGCAGUCACUGUGACAGGAGAACUGUCAAGUGCUAAACUGACAGAUAGCAAAACCGGAACUAGUAAGGGUAGAAUGUAGACAGAGGUGAACGAUAGCAGGUUGCCACGAGUGGUUGGAUUAUUUUGUAAAAGUUAGUUGAAGUUGAAGUUUAGUUGAAGUUUAAGUUGGGAUCUUGUGAAGAUCAGCAGUAGAUAAAUAGCGGUACAAGCAGUCGUGAAAGUGAUUUGAUUUCCAAUUGGUAGGCUUGGUUGCUUAUAAUUUCCUCAUAUAGACCUUUAUAACCUAACUUUUCUAACCUCCAUGUAUAGGAAACGAGAAAGUUUGAAAACGUUUUCCAUCAACUAUAAAGUCGCUACGUCGUAACACUUUGUUACAUGGCCUGUAGAUAGGCCUUUCCUUCAUCACCAGAAAAGCCAGAUAGAGCAUAGCGUAAAUAUUUGUUUAUUAUAUAUGCCUUUACAAGUAUACUGAAGUUUUGUUUAACACAGGCAUCUAUCGAACCUAAGCUGUAAGAUUGUUGGUAUCGAACAUAAGCCGCAGAAGGCCACUGAAAUAGUGAGUUUGAGAACUUUGAGAAAUAAUGUUCAGAAAUAUUCAUUAUUAUUAUUAUAUUUUAGUU